AUGCUCAAGAGAGCGGCAAGAAUCAUACUGGUGGGCCCUCCAGGCGCUGGCAAGGGCACUCAGACAGAGCGCUUGAUCAAGCGGUUUCCGGAAUUGUCAGCCAUCAGCUCCGGCGACAUCUUGCGGCAGAAUGUCAGAGAACGGACGCCUUUAGGCAUCCAAGCGGAAGCCAAGAUGAAGGCCGGUUCGCUGGUCCCAGACAACAUGAUAUUACGACUCAUCGUGAAUGAGCUCACAACGCGCGGAUGGUUGAGCGACACCAGCCUUCGGCCGUACAGCCUCAGUGCAUGCGCAGCAGAUGCGAGCGCGGCGGACCAGAGUGCGGACUCCGGCUUCAUCACUUCCGAUGCGCAGGGCUCCAAGUACAGCUAUUCGGAUCAUCCUCGCGCUUCCUUUAUCCUGGACGGUUUCCCAAGGACUGCGGCACAAGCAUCGCGGCUGGAUGAGUUGAUACCGAUCAAUCUGGUGGUCAACAUUGACACUCCGAGUGACAUCAUCAUCGACCGCAUAUGCAACCGGUGGGUCCAUGCGCCUUCAGGGCGCGUGUACAACACCACCUUCAACCCUCCGAAGGUGCCUGGCAAGGACGAUAUCACUGGGGAGCCGCUGACCAGGAGGGAAGACGACGACCCAGAAGUGUGGAAAGCGCGAUUGAAGGCCUUCAAGGAGACGAGCGAACCGCUGCUGGAGCACUAUGACAAGCUUGGCGUCCUGACCACCGUAAGCGGGAACACCAGCGACGAGAUUACGCCCAAGAUUCUCAGGGAACUCGAGCAGCGGUUUAGCUGUGCGGAAACGAUGAAUGAUACAGCAUGA